UACAACAAGAGGAACAUCAAGAUCACCAAACACCAAUAAUCGAUCCUCACAAACAGAACAGAAUGAGAAUAAUGAAAUCUCUCUCGGCAACAAAUCACUCCACAAAACCAUUUCUCCACCUCCUCCAACUUAAGCUUCACCCCCGCCCAACUCCCUCCAUUCUCCGCCACCUCUCCGUCGAAUCCUACCCUCCCAAAGACGACGAAACCUUCAUAUCCCACGCUCUUCAACUCCUCCAACCACCGGAGACCGAAUGGAACGCCGAACAACUCCAAACUCUCCUCUUCUCCGACUCCGAGUCUCCAUCUCCGACGCGUCUCCUCCACAUCGCUCGCCGCUUAGACUCCUCGUCGAAGGCCCUCAAUUUCUUCGACCACGUCCGAGAAAAUUCCCACCUCCCAAAGGACUCGUCAUUGCUGGCUUCCACUUUCCAGGCCGUUCUCGAGCUCGCCAGCCGAGAACCUAGUUGGGAAAAGCGGCUUUUCGAGCUCUACACGACAUCGCGGGAGCGGAAUGUUCCGCUCACAAUCAACGCCGCAACGCUUUUGUUUGUUUGCUUUGGCAGGGCAGGAAUGAGGGAGGAGUUGAUGACUGUGCUUAAGGGGCUUGAUGAUGAUUGUAAAAACACGCAUGCUUUGAAUCGCGUGAUUGAUGUUUUGUUGAGAUUGGGGUGUGUUGACGAUGCGCUUCAUGUGCUCGACGAAAUGCUUGAACCUGACGGGAAAUUUCCUCCCAAUGAGGUUACGGGUAAUGCUGUGUUUCCUUUGUUGUUGAAUAGAGACAGGUCGUUUAGGCGCUUCGAGGAUGAGGAAAUUAUUGGAUUGGUUUCGAGAUUUGGCGAGCACGGCGUGUUUCCUGACGGGUUGCUACUUAGGCAGUUGAUCACGAAUUUUUGUCGGGAUAAGAAGGAUGGUUGUGCUUGGGAUGUUUUGUGUAAUGUGAUUAAAUCCAAUGGUUCUGUAGCUACCGAUGCUUGCAACGCGCUUUUGGCGGGUUUAGCAAGGAGUAAAGAUUUCAAGAAGAUGAAUGAGCUUAUGGAAAAGAUGAAAGAGAAAGAUAUUAAGCCUAAUGUUGUCACUUAUGGGAUCCUUAUUAAUUGUUUGUGCAAGUCUAGGAGAAUUGAUGGGGCAUUGGAGGUGUUUGCGGUGCUGCGCCAAGGAGGAGAGAAUGGAAAGUAUUUGGUUAAACCCGAUGUGAUUAUUUACAACACUUUGAUUGAUGGACUCUGUAAAGUGGGGAGGCAAGAAGAAGGAUUGAACUUGAUGGAACAGAUGAGAUCGGAGGAAUUUUGUAAGCCAAAUACUGUUACCUACAAUUGCCUAAUUGAUGGAUUUAACAAAGUUGGAGAGAUUGAGAGGGGUCUGAAGAUCUUUGAUCAAAUGAAAAGAGAUCAAGUGCCACCAGAUGUGGUUACCCUUAAUACUUUGGUUGAUGGAAUGUGCAAACUUGGAAGAGUCGGCAGUGCGGUUAAGUUGUUUGACGUAAUGCAAAGGACCGGUAUUCAAGGCAAUGCCUUUACUUACACGAUGUUGAUCGCUGCCUUCUGUAGUGUCAACAACAUUAACAAGGCAAUGGAGCUGUUUGAUCAGAUGGUGAGCAGUAGACAUUCCGCGGACGCAAUUCUUUACUACAGCUUGAUCUCCGGUUUGAGCCGAGCUGGAAGGAUGGAUGAUGCCAGCAUGGUUGUGUCGAAGCUGAAAGAGGCCGGCUUCUGCUUGGAUAUCGUUGCGUACAAUGUCCUAAUCAGCGGGUUUUGCAAGAAGAACAAGCUGGACAAGGCUUAUGAAAUGCUCAAGGAUAUGGAAGAGACCGGGAUAAAACCCAACACUAUAACAUAUAAUACCUUGAUAUCCCAUUUCUGCAAAAUCGGGAGCUUCGAAACUGCUCAUAAAGUUCUCCAGAAAAUGUUGAACAGCGGUCUUGCGCCGACUGUCGUCACUUAUGGAUCCCUGAUAAAUGCAUAUUGCAUGGAGGACAAGAUCGAGGAAGCCAUGGAACUUUUCGAAUGGAUGAGUUCGGGAUCAAAGAUUCCUCCCAAUACCGUAAUAUACAACAUUCUCAUAGAUUCCCUCUGCAAGAAGAACGACGUAAAACUCGCACUUUCGCUGAUGAAUGACAUGAAAGUUAGGGGUGUGAAGCCCAAUACCACCACGUACAAUGCCUUGUUCAAGGGCCUUAGGGAAAAUAACUUAUUGGAGGAGGCAUUUAAAUUCAUGGAUCAAAUGGCUGAUCAGUCUUGUAAUCCUGAUUACAUAACCAUGGAGGUCCUUGCUGAGUGGCUUUCUGCUGUUGGUAAGAGAGAUGAAUUGAUGAAGUUUCUUCAACGCUAUGAGGUUUCUGAUUGCACCCCAAGCAAGCUCACAAAUUUUCAGGAAGGGUAGAAAGGGAAUUCGGGUGGCAGAGCCAGGUUUAGCUGGGAAUGGAAAAUUACCAGAAUUUAUCCUCUUAUGAUCAUGGUGGAUUCCACUCUUCCUUUGAUGUUGUCAAAAGUAGGCAUAUAAUGAGGCGUGAUUUAUUUAUUUAUUUAUUU